AUGUUCGCCUUUGCACUCCUCUCACUGCCCAUAGCCCUCGCACUGGCUCAGUCCGCGUCCAGUCAAUGCGUCGCGCCCCGCCCACUCUCCCUGUGUUGCCAGGAGCUGGAGCCGUUCAGCGACGAUGCUUACGUCUGGAACGACUGUGGCGUGUACGUCUCUGACGAGAGCAUUCUAGUGGGCACUCUAUGCGAAGCUGGCGUAUCUUGCGCAGCGCCGACCUAUGAGGGCUUCUAUAAUAUUUGUUGCUCGGGAUACAUGAAUUGUGGGUCAGGCACGGACGGCCCGAUUGGACUCAACUGCACGGGAACUGAGGUUACCUCUGAGUAA